AUGCAAACACGAGCGAUGGAUCAUGCUGAUCCCAGCGCGACAACUGCCGCCAUCGGUGACAGACUCUGUGCCAACAGCCCCAGCAGCAGCUCGCCAGGAGUCUUCAACGGCAGCCAGCAUGAUGAAAGUUGGCAGGCAUUGAAGAGAUCGCUACGGGUGUGCGAGCAGGAGAAGGCUAUUCUAGCAGGGCAGGUGGAUGGUCUGACAAGCGCACUGGAGGAAGCGAACAAGCUCUACUUGGCCACUCUCAAUGACUCGAGACGCCUCAAGCACGAGCUGGAAGAAGCCUCCUAUGCCAGCAGGAAAGUAGAUGCUCUGACUCUGGAGCUGAACAAGUCCAAGAAAUUGCUGAUAUCAAACAUGGACACGAUCGAGUCGUGGAGGGAGCAGAGUGCACAGAAAGAUGAAGAGAUCGACCUUUUGCGUGCUCAGAUCGAUGCUCUCAAGAAGAGGAUGAAGAGAGAGUCUUUGGAAGAGAUUUCUGCUUCUCAUGUGCAGUAUGAUGACGUCAUAUCACUUGUUGAAGCGAGAGUGGACAGUCUCCUUCAGACCACCUUCCUGGCGAAACAGCGAUGUGACAUGAUGCAGGACAAGGUUGACCGCUAUGAAGCAGGCUGCGCCGGAUGGAACGAGGAGAGGAUGCGGCUGCGGGAAGACGUGUGCGAGCUCGAGGCCACGAAUGCUUCGCUGUAUCAAGAGAUCGCGGCCAAGGGACUUGAGAAGAAGAAACUUGGCGAGCAGAUCAAGAUGAUGGAAUUGCAGUUAGAGACGUUGAAGGUACAGGAGGAGGAGAGUGGAAGGCAGAGGGUGGAACGGGAAAGCGAGCAAGCAGACCUUGUGCUGCAGCUGGAGGAUGCAGCAGCUAAGAUCGAGUUCCUUGAGAGUGUGAUGGCAGAGAAGGAGGAGUGCUUAGAAGCUGCGCUCAAGACUUGCAGCGCUUCACAGGAGGCUCUCAAGGAGAACGCGAGGGCUUCACGGAUGGAAUGUCAGGAGCUCCGCGAUCAGCUGCAGACGAUGACGGGCGAGCUGGAAGCUGCGUGGGAGCGGAUGAAAAUGUCGAUGAAGCAAGAGCAAGAGAGCAGGGAGGAGAUGCGGAGGGUUGUGAAGGAGGGAGACGAACUCCGUGAGGCUCUUGCCAGGAUGAGCGAUGCUGAGAAGAGGAUAAGAGAGUGUGCGCAGAGGAUCCUUGACGAGACGAUCUCGUCGCAGGGAGACUUGUCAGAGGUUGCGGAGCUCUUGCAGCUUCUCCAUCGGGAACACGAGCAGCUCUUGGAGGGCGUGCGAUCGGACGUGACCUGCGUCGUUGAGGAGAUGUGGACGAUUGGUGAGCAGAUGAAGAGGUUGCAACGUGACACGGAGGACAUGCAGGGCGAUAUCGAUGUGUACAAUGAGCAAGUAGAAGAGCUGAACAGAAAUGUUAUGCAAGAUGCCAAGAGAAAAGUGGAGCAGGAGCGCACCGGUGAUGAGCACCUGCAAAGGACCGGUAGUGUCAGGCAGCAAGUGCCUGCGAGUCAAGGCAGAGGAGCGACAAGAACUUUGAGUCAUCGGGCCAUCGCGUGCGAGGCCGCGGGGGACACGAGCUUGGACCUCAAGUUCGAGUCACAGGAUGCGGAUCAGAGCUGCUGGGACCCCUCCUGGGACCCUUCCUGGACCCUCCCCUCCACUCCUCCUGGCCUCUUGAAGCUGGGAAAGAGCACCGGAGAGUCGCUGCUCCUCUCCUCGCGUCCUAUGGACUUCAACCAACGAAGUGCCGCCCACAUCACCCAGGCUAUGACAGGAGAAGAGCUGAGCACAGGAGCAGCAGGGGCAGGAGCAGGGAAGGAGGUAGGAGGAUCGACAGGGGGGGGAGGGGCAGCAAGGGAAGAGCUGAUGAUGGUGAUGGUGGAGGAACAGCUCCACUACUCAGAGUGCCAGUUGUCGUUCUGCGAAUUAGCCAUGAGCAACCUGCAGCUGGAGCUGGAGGAUUUCGUGAUGCAUGAGAGGCUGAGAAGACAAAUCGCAGAAGAAGCUCUGCAGCAGCUGGAGGCAGAAGUUGAUAACUACGUGCAGAGGGCAGAGGACCUGCAACAAGACCUUGAGCGUGCAAGUGCGAGCUAUCGAGAGAUGAGAAGCGAGCACGAGAAGGAGAGGGAACAAUGGUUUUCUCAUGCUGAGGACGUGAAUCAUGGGCUGAAGAUGCUUGAGCUUGUCCUGGACAAGAUCGACCUGUCGUUGCUGACAGGUCAAACAAGAUUGACAUGCCAGAAUGUCCACCAGCAGGAAAACUCGACAGAGCAAAUGAAACAAUUCAAGCGGCCCCCCAUCCGACUUAACGCUGCCCCUUCACACGUCGUCUCCUCCUACUCGCUUGUUGUUGCUGAGCUCCAGCAGGCGUUGAAGAUCAGAAAGAGUUCGACCUCGACAGACUUGGAGGAACUAAGAGACCCUGCCGUUGUUCCUCCUCCACCACCACCACCUUCUGCUCCUGCCCAGCAGGACUCCAAGUGGGCAUCUCCCAGCUCGACGAUCGCAAGAAGGAGAUCAACGAAGCUCAACGACCGCAAGGGAGAUGUCAAGGGAGACGGAGAGAACUUUCAAGUCUUGAUGGUGAGACUGAGGGAGAUGAGCAUGCUCAAAGAGAAGCUGUCUCUGUUCGCUCGAUCCCUCGUACAGGACUUGACGGAGGUCUCGAGCAUCGCUUGCCUCCUCUCUGACGCUCUCCUGCGAGAGCUACGUUCUCGUCCUUCACUGCAGUCUUGUCUGCAAGAGAGAAACAAGUGGAAGCAAGUCGCCAAGGAACACGAGCUGGUCUGCACAGCACAGCUUGCAAGCAGGUGCGCGGUCCUCGAAGACAUCUCCCACACCAUCGCUUUCACCAUGGACCAGCUGACCCGUCAGCUGGACAUACCCAGCAGCCGCCUCAGCUACGACGAGCAGCCUUACAAGUCGCCGGAAGGUCGCGUGCGAGCGCUGCAAGCUCUCUUGCAGAGAACAGCAGAAAGUGCGAGCAAGACGGCCUUGACAGCGCUUGUGCGUGAGCUUGAACAGCAGAAGAAGAUUAGAGAGCUCUUGUCGGACAGAGAGAUGCUACUGGAGGAUUUGGGUCACUUGCGUACAAAAUGCGCGAAUCUGGAGGUGAUGUUUGCCAUGUAA